AUGGCCACUCCCGUGAUUGGCAGCAGCAGCAGCAGUCGUCUCGUCCAGAUCCUCACAAGCGGCGCGAGCCAUACUAGCCUCUCCGAGCUCAUGCUCGAGAUCCUCUCCGUCGUCGCGCCGCUCUGGCUCGCCGUCGUAGUCGGCCUCAUCCUCGGGUGGUCAUGGCGGCCGCAGUGGGUCAACUCCCUCGCGUCCGACCCGCGUUCCUCCGCCUUCUGGUCACUCCUCACCGGCGGGCCGUUCAAGGAGGCGUGGUCUGCGGGGUGGUCAUGGGGCCAGGCUGUACUGGACUCGUGCAGUCAAGCGCAGGUUUCGGGAUUCUCGGCAGCGGGAGUCAAGGAGGGAGUUGAGGGGGCUAGGGAGUCUGGGUUUCAAGCGAUAGGGGUGCUUUUUGGAAGAGAUUGGAGCUCCCUGGGCGAGAAGGUGCUGCCUUGGCGGGCGGCUGAGAGGGUGGGUGGCUCUGGGAAAUCGAAAUUAGCUGCUCUGGGGAGCGAUGGUGUUGAAGCUAGGAGGCCGGAAGAUGCGGAGGAGGUUGGCGAACGUCGUAACGGUAACCGUGUAGUUCAUUCCGCGAGCGGCGCUGCGGAUGGCAGACGGGAGCGUCAAGUGAACGGCGAGGCUGUCAGCAAGGAAGCUGUGACUGACGAGCCGUCUGCGCAGUCGCGGAGCAAGGGCUCGCGCCCGCCAUCGUUGCAAACAGGAAACCUUCAGCUGCUAGAGGUCGGCCGUAACGUGCAUGGGCACGCCAACGGGCACGGCGCCGCGCAUAGCGUGUCGGAAGAGGAUAUGGAGUUGGUUCUUACCGAGGAUGACUUGGAGGAGUUUUGCGCCAAGGUGGAGGGGAAGGACGGCGGGCCGGAGUGGCAGCUGAUGAUGGAGAAGACCGCCAAGGGCAUGCAGUACACGGGCUGGCGACGGGACCCCGAGCAAGGGCCCACAGAGUACCGCAGUCGCACAGUCAUGGAGCGGUGCUCGUCGGCGCUCAUGCGCGACUUCUUUUGGGACGACGAGUUCCGCGCGGCGUGGGACGACAUGCUCGUGCAGGCGCGCACCAUCACCGCCUGCGAGCGCACCGGCUUCCAGAUCGUCCACUGGGUCCGCAAGUUUCCGUUUUUCUGCAAGGACCGGGAGUACGUGAUAGCGCGGCGCAUCUGGUCGCACGACGACACAUUCUACUGCAUCACCAAGGGCGUGCACCACCCCGAGGUCCCCAAGCGCGACAAACCCCGCCGCGUCGAAGUCUUCUAUUCCAGCUGGCGCAUCCGCCCCGUGAUUGGCGCCGAGGGCAGCAAUGCAGCGGAAGUCAUGCUGUUUCACCACGAGGAGAUGGGGCUGCAGAGGGAUAUAGCGAAGCUGGGCGUGCGGCAGGGCAUGUGGAGCGCUGUGAGGAAAAUGGAGCCGGCGAUCAGGAAGUAUGAGAAGCAGCGUGCAGAGGCGGCACGGCCGCUCAGCCGGUGUGUUUCGCUGGCGAAUCUGCACACGCCGAUUGUGCCGUCGCCUGGGAGUAGCCCGGAUGGGGAGGAGGAUGGGGAUGGAGGUGCGGGGGAGGGGAGUAAUGCGGUGAGGAGGAAGGGAGGUUUGAAGAAGGGUGGGAUGGGGAUGAGGAAAUGGGUGAGCUUUUCGGAUUUGGCGAUGGCUGGGGAGGCGAGGAGGAGGGGAGGGGUGGAGGAGGAUGAGAGGAAGGAGGAAGAGGAGGAGAGGGAUAAGGGAAGGAGGGUUGUGGAUGAAGCCGCAGAGGGGGAGGGACAAGGUAGUAGUGGCAGGGCAGGCAGCAGCCAAGUCGUAGUUGCAAGUGGUUCAGGCAAUGUUGGUGCUCGGUCGCCAGGUCAGGGCUCAACUGUUGGAUCUGGAGACUGCAGAGGAAGGCGACGGUCUGGAUCGGCCCAGCAGGAAAGGAGCGAUUCUUGUGAUCGGGGGAGCGAGGUGACAGUGAGGAGUGGCCCGGUUAUGGGGGGUGAUGCUAGGGGAGAGGAGAGGAGAGGGAAGGCGGGAGCGGUGAGGGUGGGAUGGGUGGUGGCGACAACUGCUUUGGCUUUCAUCUGUGGAGUGGAGGCAGGGGUGCUGAUGAAGCUGGUGGUUGCAGGGGCGGUGCAAAAUGUGGCUUCCAGGCGUGCUGCUGCUGCAGCUAGAAAGGAGAGAUUGCAGAAUUAG